UUUAGUUAGCCUUAGUAUUACGACAGCUCAAGUCGUAGACAGACUGGCUUCAGCCCGUGGUCGAGACAUAAAGCUCUCGCAGACUUACGCUAGCUAAGCGCGCAGUGAACUCACGUUCAGGCCGUACGAUCCCAGUGGUGUGUUGUUAGAAGCAAUGGCCGUCGCAGCCGCCCAGAAGAACCGUGAAAUGUUCGCCAUCAAGAAGUCCUACAGUAUCGAGAAUGGCUAUCCUUCUCGCCGUCGCUCUCUUGUAGACGACGCUCGCUUCGAAACACUGGUAGUCAAACAGACCAAGCAAAGUGUCCUAGAAGAGGCCCGCGCCCGUGCCAAUGACUCUGGCUUGGACUCCGAUUUUAUCCAAGAUGGAGCCCAUAUUGGUACCGAGGACAAGUCACCAACUGUUGAAGAUGGUACCCAACAGGACGAAACAAAAAAUGGCCAGCUCGCUGAUGCCGACAUUGGUGAUGAUGCUACUAAGUCGGACGAGGAUUAUACCUUGACUGAAGAAGAAGUAAUACUUCAAAAUGCAGCAAGUGAAUCACCCGAGGCCGAGCAGGCGAUACAACAAGCAGCUAUGUUGCUUCGUAUGCGAGACGGCAUGGGAUCUCUCGCUCGCAUCCUUAAGACCAUCGACAACUACAAGGGUUGUGUACAACAUCUCGAGACACGUCCGUCUCAAAUGACCGGUAUCCAGUUUGAUGCCCUCGUUAAAGUGAGCAUGUCUCGCUCUAACCUCCUGCAACUCAUCAGAUCUCUCCGUCAGUCUACGGCAUUCGCCGGAGUUAACCUGAUAUCCGAAAACAACAUUUCCAGCAAGACCCCUUGGUUCCCUCGCCACGCCUCUGAUCUCGAUAACUGCAACCAUCUUAUGACAAAAUACGAGCCUGAGCUUGACAUGAAUCACCCUGGAUUCGCCGAUAAGGAAUACAGAGAGCGUAGAAAAGAUAUUGCCGAGAUUGCUUUCGCCUACAAAUAUGGAGACCCGAUUCCAUCCAUCACUUACACUGAGAGUGAGAACGCUACUUGGCAGCGAGUAUUCAACACCGUCUUGGACUUGAUGCCCAAACACGCUUGCCACGAAUACAAAGCAGCAUUUGGGAAACUGCAAUCUGCAGACAUCUUUGUUCCGCACCGCAUCCCCCAGUUGGAGGACGUGAGCAACUUCCUCCGCAAACACACGGGCUUCACACUGCGCCCCGCAGCUGGUCUGCUGACUGCCAGAGACUUCCUCGCGUCCCUGGCAUUCCGUGUGUUCCAGUCUACCCAAUAUGUGCGCCACGCCAACUCACCUUUCCACACCCCAGAACCUGACUGUAUCCAUGAACUCCUCGGACACAUCCCUCUCUUGGCUGAUCCAAGCUUCGCCCAAUUCUCUCAAGAAAUUGGUUUAGCAUCACUUGGUGCAUCGGACUCCGAAAUCGAAAAGCUUUCUACUGUAUAUUGGUUCACCGUCGAAUUCGGCCUGUGCAAGGAAAAUCACCAGCUGAAGGCCUACGGUGCGGCGCUCCUGUCUUCCAUCGGAGAAUUGCUACAUGCCCUCAGUGACAAACCAGAACUCAGGCCUUUCGAACCCGCUUCCACCUCCAUCCAACCCUACCAGGACCAAGAGUACCAACCAAUCUACUACGUCGCUGAAAGUUUCGAAGAUGCCAAAGACAAAUUCAGACGUUGGGUGUCCACCAUGUCUCGACCCUUUGAAGUCCGUUUCAACCCUCACACCGAGCGCGUUGAGGUUCUGGACUCCGUGGACAAACUCGAGACCCUCAUCUGGCAGCUGAAUACGGAGAUGCUGCAUCUCACCAAUGCCGUCAAGAAGCUCAAGGGAUCUCAUUUCGAAUAAAAACACCCUACUUUUAACACGUAUAUGGUUCAGUGCACGCGGCCUCGCCGUAUUCUGUAUAGCUAGUGAUAUUAUAGACGUAAGACUGCGGGUGUGUGUGGAGUGUGUGCGUGAGUGUGGAAACCAUCGGAUGGUACUUCGUUAAAUACCUUUUUGUACCUUAUUGUAUAUUAUUUAUUGCCGUGUUCAUUGCCCGGGCCUCUGAAACCGCGCAGAACUCCGGAUUGCCCAUUUACGGAGGCUGUGCACGUUUGGGCGGCCUAUAACUACUACUAGUAUUAUUUAUGAUUUAAAAGAUGCAAAAUGAAUAAA